AUGACAAUCACCAACCCCCCAACAUGGCUCUACAAAUUGGAUGAACAGUUAAACGUGGACGUUGACUGCAUGGAUCCCGCAUUCACCCUGAGUCUCUUUCCAUUCGUUCCCCAUGACAUGACCAGUAACCAGAUUUUGGUGCACGACCAGCUAUGCUAUCCCAGAAAUGAUGAUCUAUUGCGAAAGGUCGUCAAGGAGUGCAAGCAAGAUGGGUGGCUGGCUGUCUACACUCGGAUGUCAGUUCUCAUGUGCCAGGCAAAUAUCGGAAACAUAAAUGGCCGAGUCCUGCUUCAAACGCUCCCUUCAUAUUCCUACGACACCGAGAAGACCCUGGAGCAUGGACGUGCAUACAUUCGUGAAUUCGAAAGAGCCGGCAUCUCAAAAGACCGGUUCUGUUUGAAGAUUCCGUGCACCGGCCCAGGAUUGGCAGCAUGUGCUAUACUUGAGAACGAAGGAAUUCGUACCCUCGGAACAGCCGUGUUUAGCGUCCAUCAAGCAAUUGCUGCGAGUCAGGCGGGUUGUUUGUACAUCAGCCCUUAUUACAAUGAGCUUCGUGCGCAUGUGGAUCCGAACUUCUGGCCUGAAUCAGAAGACCCAGCGUUACUACAUCCGAUGUCAUCACGGCUGAUUCAAAUUCUCAAGGUCUAUCACACAUUGUAUAAGGAGACAGGCAAGGAGCAGCCAUUGGUGAAACUCGCAAGUUUUCUAUCUCCGGCGGAAGCAAUGGCAGCUGGCGAGCUUGGGUGUCAAUCCGCCACGAUCUCCCAUCAGGUCCUCGCUCAGAUGGCAAAUUAUCCCUAUGAGCGUUCCAAACAACCAGGGCAGGGAGAGCCGAAGCUGCAACAUCCGUAUAAGAGGGCAUCGUUGACUCCGCAGCGCCUCUACCCAAUAGCCGAUCUAGACACGCUUGCCAGUCCUCACUGGGAUGGCAAACUGCCAAGCACAGACUUGGACUAUUUGGUCGAUGGAGGAGCUAAGAUAGACAAGGCCAACAAUGCAGACGAUACCACUAGAAAGCGACUUUCUGAAGCAUUGGAUAGUUUCGUUGCUGCGGAAAAGAGAAGUCAGGCAAAAAUUGAAAGUGCCAUGGCUUCUAUUCAAUGCUAG